ACCGAAUUGAUGUUUUUUCGAAUGUGUUAAUAAAAGUUCGAUCUAAAAGUGAUUUGAAAUAAAUUCAAAUUGUAUGGGAAAACAUUAGGUGCAAAUAUUGACUGUUUCAGUUUGUUGGUUAUACUCUUUGAGGAUUUGAAAAAUCCUUAAAGAAGUAGAAUGCUUUAGAAUGUUGUCAUCUUCGAUAUCAGCGACUCCGUUCAGCGUGCGUGAUAUUCUUAACGAGGAUCAACAGUUUGCAGUUAUGGAGUGUUAUACUCAUCAACAACAACAACAACAGUCGCAUUUGCCACAGGAUUAUUACGCGUAUAAUUCGGUAUCUGAUAAUAAUUGGGAUGCGGAGAAGUUUAAAGAACAAGGAGUACCUGGUUAUUCACAUUAUUCCGAAUUAAAUCAUGUACAUCAGUUGAGUCAAGUUGUACCACCUUAUCAAGAAGCUCCUGUCACCGAAGAUGGAAACAUCGUGACAUCGAGCAAAACAGAAUUGCGAAAAAAUCAGUCCGGUAAAAGAACGAAAAGAAAACCACGAGUAUUAUUUUCCCAGACACAAGUUUACGAAUUGGAACAACGUUUCAAGCAACAACGUUACCUGAGUGCACCGGAACGCGAACUGUUAGCGCAAAAUUUGAAACUAACUAGUACUCAGGUGAAAAUCUGGUUCCAAAACCGUCGUUACAAGAACAAACGAGCACGAAUCGAAGAUGCCGAGAAAUUACAAGUACAAGGUAUGAAGAAUCAAUCGUUGAAGAAGAUUUCGGUACCUGUAUUGAUCAAGGAUGGCAAACCGAAUGUUCACGAGGCUUACAACGUUCCUUAUUGGUCAAACGUACGAUCUGAUAUGUCGAUGAACAUGCAAGGAGAUUUUAGAAAUUCGGAAUCGAUCGUCAGAUUGAGUCCAGAAUUUAGAUCAAGUUCUAACGAAAUUAGAAUGGAUUCAAGUAUAAGUCCUGAGUUCAGAAAUGAUGUUCACAAUCCUGAUCAUAAUAAUAGACCAGUACUAAACGUUGACGUACAACAAAGACAACAAAUCUUAAACAACGAAUACAGAAGCAAUUUCGUAUCUGAAUUACGUCCGAGUGUUCACGAGUGUGUUAGAACGAUCAAAACCGAAUACAAGGGUACAACGAAUCCAGUCAACGAUGUCUCCUUUCCAGAUUUGAAAUGUGUACCGGCGGAAAACAAAAUGGUGGCUGAGUGUCGGGCUGGUAUAAUGGACGUCUCGAGUGGCGAUUACGGUUUCACUAAUUACAUUGGUCCGUUAAAUUAUCCGAUGCAAUACGUUAACACAAUUGAAGCACCGAUUUCAGGAAUGGAUCAAAAUCUUCAACGAUUGUGGUAAAGAAAAAACGGUGAUUCGAUUCACGAACUAUAAGUGCGCUUACAUUUUUAUACUAAAAUAAAAAUUCGAUUUCGGAUUUAUAAUGAUUAAAUUAGAAUAUUCAAAGACUCGAUGAUGUUGGAACGACGA